AUGGCCCAGAAGGCGCCUGUCCGAGUGUGCUUGCUGAUCCCUCUCCUCGUCCACGGCGUCUGCUGCACGACCGCAGCGUCGGAGGUCAACUUUCAGCAGGAUGACACCGUGCUCCUGCAGCUCGGCACGGACGCCACGAGCUUCGACCUCGCCCGCGUCAGUUCCCGUAAGGGCGUGCCUACAGUGACCUCCAUGGUGCUCCACGUGAACGCCAGCCAGCAAAAAGGACAACGCCAAGUCGAGGCGGCUGACCACAUGGUGAAUGGGGCCUCCUGGAGCCAGUUGGGGCAGGACAUCGAUGGCGAAGCCCAUUACGAUCAGAGUGGCUGGUCGGUGUCGCUGAGCAGCGACGGCAGCCGCGUGGCCAUUGGAGCACACCAAAACGACGGUGCUGGGACAAGUUCAGGUCACGUUCGCGUCUUCGGGCUUUCGGGCAACACAUGGAGCCAGUUGGGGCAGGACAUCGAUGGCGAAGCCCUGCGAUCACAGUGGCAGGUCGGUGUCGCUGAGCAGCGACGGCAGCCGCGUGGCCAUUGGAGCGAAGUACAACGACGGUGCUGGGACAAGUUCAGGUCACGUUCGCGUCUUCGGGCUUUCGGGCAACACAUGGAGCCAGUUGGGGCAGGACAUCGAUGGCGAAGCCUCUACGAUCAGAGUGGCUGUCGGUGUCGCUGA